AACAAUUUCGACUUAUUGAGUAAAACAUUUGCAGUGACUUAACAGUGUUUGUUUACUAAAAAUUUACAACCAGCACAAUGACUGACUAUACCGGUAAAUUCACCCUGGUCUCAUCGGAGAACUUUGAUGCCCUUCUCAAAGAACUCGGAGUGAGCGAUGAGAUCAUAAGCCAAGUGAAGAAUAACACUCAGGAGUUAGAGAUCAGCAAAGAUGGCAAUGUCUACACCUCUCGGACCAUACAACCCAACAGAACACAUGAAGUGAAGUUCGAGUUGGGAAAGGAGUUCGACGAGACCCGACCCGACGGAAAGACUGUUAAGUCACUAGUGGUGGCGGACGGCAACCGACUCAUACAGACCCAGAAGGGCGGCGAAAAGGAUCUGAAGAUUGUUCGCGAGUUCAACGGUAAUGAACUCCGAGUGACCGUCACGUCCGGCCCCGUGGUGUCGGUGCGUACCUACGCUAGAAAGUAGGCCUUAAACACCGAAAAACAUUUGUUUUGCUCAAUAAAUAGUCGAUUGAACUCAAAAAUAUUUAGCAGAAAAAUAAAAUUAUAAUUUUUAUAUUUUAUAUUUUGAAAAUCUCAAUGUAUGGCUAAAUAUUCAAUAAAAAUAAGCCUUUCCUU